AUGAGGCCCAGCGUUUUUUUCGGCCUGUGUGCCAAUCUUUUCGUUUGUCCCUCCUUGGCCGUCUUGACUUGGACACCGGUUGGCUGUGCCGGAGUCACGGCCAACGGCGUUACCAUCGACUCCAUCUGGGACAAUGCCCUGCUGAUGGUUCAGACGGCCCAGACGCGCAUUGACAGCAUCAGAAACUUCCCUAUCAAGGCUAAGUCGACGAGGGCCCGCGUUGCGAACAACGCCCACUACAUGUUCGGGAUUGAUGUCAACUGGUCAACCGGGUUCGCCUCGUCGACGAAAAAAACCCUUUCGGAUGUUCGCAGUAUUUACUCUCGAAUGGAGAGUAAGAUGAACGAGGACACCAACUAUCUCCUAUGCAAUGAUAACGGAUUCCAGUGGGGCAACAUUGGAGGCUAUACUACUGGCGUAUGGUACUACGCAUUUCCGGGAACAAAUGAUGCUUUGAUCCUUAGAUCCACCGCUGGCAAUAGCGCGGGUGAUCCCAUCGUCCCCAAGCAACUCUCAUAUGAUUUUGAAGCAAAUGCCGGACCAUCCACUAAUCAAAACGAAUCAAAAGCAAGCCAGCGCCCAUGCGGCGAGUCAAAUCUUGCCGGCGAGACAUUCACGGGCGAAUACAUGUCAUCCACUGCCGGCGGAACCGUGCAGUACACCCAAACCACAGCGAUCCUCCUCUGCGUACAAAACCAGUUGAUGUACAAACCAACGCUGGAGCUGGGGUUCACUGUCAGCGACAAUAAAGGCAUAGCAGACGAGUACGAGUCCGUCUCUGGCACCAUCGUUCAUGAGAUGGUCCACGCUCUGAAUACCCAUAUGUACUGGGACCAGACGCACCCUGAUUUCCCCAAUGACGGAUUACCUGGGUACGGCUUCGACAAAUGCAUGAUUCUAGCGACGAAGUCCCCGCAGCAGGCUCUGGUUAACCCGGACAACUACCGCAUCUUUGCGGAGAUGUGCAUGUCGCCUAAGACUGAAUGGCAGCCGGCGGAACCUGCAGGUGCAUAG